CACUUCGCUGUUGUGGGCUAGUGUAGUUGAAUCGCAAGACUGUUUUUCAAUCUCUGUACUUAGGUGCUAAGACAGAGGCAGUUUAAAUAUUGAUAUGAUCGUCAGUGGCCACUAUUAAAUAACUUUUGUCUAAGACCAUAAAAUCGAGCACGUUCGCUGGCCGUCAGCACAAGAGAGUACGCACUUACUUUGCGGAUGCUGUACAGGAUUUGGCCCAGGAGAUUUAGGAUUACUGAUAGCCCGUAGGCCUGUUUAUCGAGUUUCGUUAAAUCGGGAGCCUGUAAUUUAAUCAUGCUUCGCUGGGUGUCUAAUUCCGACAGGCAUCGUUUGGAAGUUUGUGAAAUUGAAAUAAACUUUAUUGAUGGACCAAGAUAGCCGCAAAUAGUCCAGGGCACGUUCAUACAAAACACUAAGACAUGGUUUCCCCCUCAGCCUGUGGGAACAACCAGCACAGGAACUGGCCUUAUGUGAAGCUUUUACUCUGAGAAACAGUAAACUGUAUAGACUGAUUCUGUAAACUAAAAUUCCAGAAAGCUUCGAAUUUAUCACCGUAAACGCAGGCAGGAAUGUAUGCAGCACUGGAGCAUGGCCCUGUUCUGUGUAGUGACUCCAACAUCCUCUGCUUGUCAUGGAAGGGCCAUGUGCCCAGAAGAGAGCAGGCGAAACCAGUGUGUAGGAGACGGUACUAUGAAGAAGGCUGGCUGGCCACUGGAAAUGGUAGAGGAGUGGUGGGGGUAACCUUCACGUCUAGCCACUGCAAGAAGGACCACACAACUCCACAGCGCAUCAACUUCAAUCUCAGAGGACACAACAGUGAGGUUGUUUUGGUGCGAUGGAAUGAGCCUUUUCAGAAGCUGGCCACCUGUGACGCAGAUGGGGGUAUUUUUGUAUGGAUUCAGUAUGAAGGCCGCUGGUCUGUUGAGCUGGUCAAUGACCGGGGAGCACAGGUGAGUGACUUCACAUGGUCACAUGAUGGCACACAGGCACUAAUCUCCUACCGUGAUGGGUUUGUGCUGGUGGGCUCAGUCAAUGGUCAGCGCCACUGGUCAUCUGAGAUCAAUCUGGAGAGCCAGAUAACUUGUGGGAUAUGGACCCCUGAUGACCAGCAGGUGUUAUUUGGUACAGCUGAUGGACAAGUGAUAGUGAUGGACUGCCAUGGGCGGAUGAUGGCACACUUAGUGCUGCAUGAGGCAGAGGGCAUCAUGAGCAUGGCCUGGAGCUACCCCAGCUUUCUAAUGGAGGACUGUAGUGAGAGUGACACAGAUUCAGAUGACUACGCACCCUUACAAGCUGCAGGAUGUAGUCUGAGGCCUCUGCUGACUGUGACCUUCACCUCAGGAGACAUCAGUCUGAUGAGCAACUAUGAUGACCUCACUCCAACUCGCAUAAACACUGGGCUUAAAGAUGUUGUGGUACAGUGGUCUUCUCAGGGGAAUCUGUUUGCAGUUGCUGGACUGGAGAGACAUGUGGUGACCACUGACUCUACAGUUUCCCCAGCAAUCAAAAAAGCAGUUGUUAAGUUUUACAACCUUCAUGGAGAACACAUUUUCCUACUUGAAACACCUGCACAGAAGCCAAUCAGUACGCUGUGCUGGGGCCAUAAAGAUUCUCGUUUAUUUCUGGCUUGUGGGCCAGCACUGUAUGUGGUCCGGGUGGGCCAUCGAGUUGCCAGUCUGCAGUUGUUAUGCCAACAGAUCAUUGCCAGCACAUUGCGUGAAGAGAAAGUUGUGGCCAAACUCACCAUUCCCUCUCGCCUCAGCACAUAUGUGUCAUCUGCCUUUGCUCCCACCAUUAAGCCCCCCAUCCCUGAUGUAAGCAACAUGCGAGACUUUGUGAGUUACCCCACUUCAGGGAAUGAGCGUCUUUACUGCACUAUGAAGCAUACAGAGGAUGACCUGGAGGUUGGCGGGCCCUGUUAUACCUUGUACUUGGAGUAUUUGGGUGGGCUUGUGCCUAUUCUAAAAGGUCGCAGGAUCAGCAAGCUUCGGCCUGAGUUUGUCAUAAUGGACCCCAAGACAGAUGGGAAAGCAGAUGAGCUGUAUGGGAACACCCUCAUCUCUACUGUGGUUGACAGCUGUAACUGCUCAGACUCCAGUGACAUCGAACUCGGCGAUGAUUGGGUGGGCAAGAGAUCACCAAAGAUGUCCAGAGGAAGCAAGUCACCCAAACUUCCCAGGGUGAAUAUAGAUACCCGUAAGUCCCCUAAGCUCUCCCGUGCUACGCAAGAAAUAUCUAGAUCACCGCGGUUACCUAUUCGGAAAUCCUCCAUUGGAUCACCAAGUCUGUCCCGGAAAGAGUUUCCUUUGGAAGACACAGCACAGCACAAUUACCUUGCUCAAGUUACAUCCAACAUAUGGGGAACAAAGUUCAAAAUAGUGGGACUUGCAUCUUUCUUGCCAACAAACCUUGGUGCUGUGACAUAUAAGACCAGUCUGCUGCACCUACAACCUAGACAGAUGACAAUCUAUUUGCCUGAGGUAAGGAAGGUUUCCAUAGAAUGCAGCUUGCCUGUGUUUAGCUCUCAUGUCUUCAGUGAGGAUGAAGAUGACCUGACUGUCACUGGAACUCCAGGCAUUAUUGAUGCCAACCCACCAUGCACUGUUAACAUACCCAUCGCACCUAUCCAUAGCCCUGCCCAAGCCAUGUCUCCUACCCAGAGCAUUGGUUUAGUCCAGUCCUUGCUUGCCAAUCAGAAUGUGCAGUUGGAAGUUUUGUCAAGUCCUACAAUGGUGUCACCUAAUUGUGUGCCAGACCAAGGCGGGAAUACUAUGCUGAUAACACAGCAUGCUGUACCAACCAGUUCUGAUCAGGUGUUAUUUGGAGGAACAGAAGCUGGAUGUGUUUUGAUCACUCAGGAUCUGUCGUCAGAACAGUCAGAACAUCAGCAGCAGCAACAAAAGCAGCACCAUCAACAAUCAGUACAACUCCAGCAUUUUCAGCAACAGCACUUUCAACAGAUUAAUCAUGUUCAACAACAAUAUCAGCUUCAACUACAGCAGCAACAACAGAUCCAGCAUCAGAUGCUGCAACGUCAACUAAUACAGCAACACCAUGUUCAAGCACAAAUCCAACAGAUACAGCAAAAACAAAUGCAACAGCUUCAUCAAAUGCAACAGCAACAUCUACAAGUACAAGCACAAGUCCAGCAACAGCACCAACAACAUCAAAUGCAGAUCCCUGUCCCUUCCUUCCCUUCAGGUCCUACACCUUGUUCAGACAUUCAAAAUGCACAAAGUAACUUGCACACUGGAGACUGUGGAACUGAUCAUGGGAAUCUCAAGAAAAAACCCAUUUGUCCUACUCCUCAAAUGGCAGAAGGAGAUGCAGUAGUUUUCAGUGCCUCUCUGGACAUUAACAAGAUUACUUCGACUCCCCCCUAUGCUGGUAUAGUUGCUACUGCAGUAGCUGCAACUACAGCGACAUCUUCAACUGCUUCCUCUCUCAUUUCCUUUUCUGGGGAAGCAGGUAGUCUUAGUGCAACACCACCCCCAGAAGAUGCUUGUCUCAAGAAAGGUAAUAAUAACUUACACCCCUCAGAUACACAGACAGUACUGCACCCAGCCCCUCUCGGCUAUGAGCGUAUCACCACAUUUGACAGCAGUGGGAAUGUGGAAGAAGUUUGCUGCCCUCGCACGCGACUUGUGUGUAAUCAGAACCUUUAUACAGUCCACUACUCAGGAAGCUCUGCUACGCUCAGGGCUUCUUCCUCAGGUGAGAAAAAGGGGCAGCUGCCCUACGCCUCCACCACACUGAAAAACUGUGGUUCUCCUAGAUACUCCAUACCCCCUGGGGACCCCCCCCCUUACCCAGAAACAGUCAGUCAGACCUGUACAGUACAGAGCCCUAGACAAAGAUUUGAUAGCACUGUGAUAUGUGCCAAAAACAUGCUUGAUCUUCAGAAGACACUUCCUUCUAAGACAAAAGCAAGCACUCUGUCUGUUUCCUACCAACAAAGGGGACCAAUGGUAUUUUAUACAUGCAGUGAGUGCAGUAGUAGUACGAGUGGAGCAUGUGUUGGAUCUAUGAGCAGUGCUGAUAAUGGUAUUUCUGGUGGUACAGUCAUUAGGCAGGAUUUUCCACUAGCUGUAAGUGGUGUACUCCAUAGCACAGUGAUGGUGCCUUCUACUAGCACCUUGCUAAUGCCUUUACAAUCCCCUUAUAAUUUUGUAAGUUCAGAUUGUAAAGAUAGUUUGACAGGUGGCAGUGGGAUCAGGGAUAGAGCUGAUAUAGUCAACUCCGCUAUUACAGAAAAUGUGCUUUUAAAUCAGUCUCUACAGCAACUAGCUCUUACAACAGAAGAGACUGACCUAACUAUGGAACAGCCAUCACCAUAUCAGUUGGAUUCCUCAGGCACUGAAGAAAUCUGGGUUCCUCAGGACCAAACAGACAAUUUUACCACAACUGUUCAUCCAGGGUCUCUCAACCCCCUCUCACUCAUGCUUAGUCCAACCCAGCAUAUAGGCUUUUCUUGUCUUCCUUUUACGCUAUCACCAAAUUCCUCAACACCCCCUAGUGACACAAAUUUCCAUGAAACAGGGUCAUACCAGAUGACUUUUAGCUUUUCCCCAACUAUAAGCCCUGGUGGUUCCCAACCUCAGCCAAUUUAUGCCUCACCUAAGGAAUUGGGUGCACCACCACCCUUUUCUCAGCAUGAUCAGUCCCUGAUCUUGCCGCCUGGGUAUCUUCCUAAUUUAACUAGCCUUACCUGUUGUCCUCUCUCACCAAGGGUUAGUUCUUGCUCUAGUCUACCUAUGAACCCUGUGUUGUAUUCAUGGGGCUCACACAACCCUUGCUCACAUGUGCCUAGCCCCUCAGGCACUGCUCCCGUGCUUCCAGAAAAGGCCUUCCAUAGGUUGGAAAAGGCUUUUCUCACUCCUGCCUCUCAAACACCACCUCUGCUCUUACCCUCCACAGAUAUGCAGGGUUUAGAAAAGGGCACUUCUGAGGCUGAAGAAGGCUUCCAUAUGGGGCUGUCCCCUGGAAAGAGCCCAGUUUCCCCAUGUACAGAUAUGUUUGGAAAGAAGAACCAAAAGAGGUCAGACAGUGGUCGAACAGAUGAAGCCAAUGUCCUUGCCAUCACAGAAAGCUGCAACAAAUCCAAAAAAGAGGGCAGGGCACUUGGUGAUUUCAACUCUUUCAUCUCCAGCCCGAGACUGGGUGGCCGAGAUAAGAAGAAAACCAAGGGACAGAAGGAGCAACAAAAAGCAAAAAAGCUUAGUAAGGUCACAACUGGCGAGUUCCAGGACAGUUCUGACACUGAGCCUGAGCUCAUCAUCAGCGGAGAUGAGCUUAUGAACCACAACCAGAGUAGCAAGAAAGGCUGGAAGUCCAAAAGGAACCUUCGGUCAAGUGGCUGUGAACUGGAUGAUAUUAAAUCUCGUAAGGUCUGCGAGAAAGAGGACCGUGGCCUGGGCAACCAGGGUUUUGUUUAUAUCAUGGCCAACAAACAGCCUCUUUGGAACGAAGCCACACAAGUGUAUCAGCUGGAUUUUGGGGGAAGGGUCACCCAGGAGUCAGCAAAAAACUUUCAGAUUGAGCUUGAAGGAAGACAGGUAAUGCAGUUUGGCAGAACUGAUGGGAAUGCAUACAUCCUGGACUUUCAGCACCCAUUUUCAGCAGUGCAAGCAUUUGCUGUAGCUCUGGCCAACGUCACACAGCGCCUCAAGUGAUAAGCAGGACUGCACUUUCACUUAUGAGUUCUCUGGUUUCAAUGUAAAUCAGAAAUACAGUACUAUUCUUUUUAUGCAAUCCCUCAUUAUAUUAUUUGACAAGAGGCUGCUGAUAUGGAGGUCUAAACCAUCAAUAAAGAACAAAGCAUACAGAGGCUAGCUUGCAUUCUAACAGGCAGCUGACAGUGAUGUCUUCCAUACUACAGACUGUUUCUUAUAUUUCUGUUUCUGAUAUGUCAUCUGUAUUUUCAGUUAAAAUAAAAAGCACUUCCCAAUAUGUCUGGAAAGUGUGUGCCAUGUUUUGCAAAUGAAGACAUACCACUGGGCACUGAUAUCAAUUACUGUAAAAAACACUUGAAGUCUUUUGCAAACACUUUUUCAUAAAAUAUCUGUUAUGUAUUGCAGUAAAAAUAACAAAAUGACCAGUGUAAAAAGUCAUGAGACAUUUGUUUAGGGUUAUUAAAAUUACAUCUAGUUUGAUAUUAUUAUUAUUAUUAUUAUUAUUGUCUCUUGAUAGAAUUUCUCUCCAACAGUAUAUUCUUUGAAAUUAUACAGUUUUUUUAUUUAUGCAUUUGUUUUAUACUAAUAAACCAACAAUUUUCCUUUUGGGCAAUAAAUGUGUGUUCUAUGUUUAGUGAUUGGUAAUUUUGCAACCAUAGUUUUUCACUGUUGGUUAGAUGUAUGUAAUGUUUACUCCUUACCGUGUUUUGAAGUGCUUUUUUUUAAAUUCCCUUUCGUUGCCUUAUUCUGUUUCUCUGGUAAGAAGUUACUGUCUACGCUGAAACCCCUGUGAUUUUCUACAGAGAUGAUAAAAACUUAAACGCAAGAAAGAAAGUCUUUGUUCAAACAAGUAAGGAUUGCAUUCAUGAAAUGUAUUUUUUUAUAUUUAGAAUACAAUGUAUAUUUGUGAUGUUGCUCUUUUUUGUGUCAGUUUUUUUUUUUUAUUAAUUGUUUUAAACAAACAUUAUACAGAGUAGCAUGUGCACCAUU